UGCCUACGCGGCGACACGCGGCCCGGCAGGCGCUGCUACAUCGUCUGCGAGCCGGGCUUCCGCGUGCGUGGCCGGCGUCGCCUCACCUGCCAGGCCGACCUCAGCUGGACGUUCGAGGGGCGUCACGAGCCGCGCUGCGUCCCCGGCGGCAAGAAGCGACGCCGAGGAGGCCAGCGCCGCCGCCAGAAGCAGGACGCCACAACUGCACGGAGCGUGCUGACAGAGAACACCGCCCGGUCGCGGCCGCCUACGUCGCGGGUGUCAGCGGCCACUGUCGCCGUCACCCGCGACGACUCCACCACCGCCGCCCGGGAGAUGCCGGGCACGCGGCGGGUCGGCACCACGGCCAGACCCCCAACGACUAGCGAGCGACGAACCCAUCCGCCACCAGUCACGACCACAGCGCCGCCACGGCGUCGACAGCCGCCCCGGCCUGCACCGCGACCGCGGCCGCAGCCGCAGCCCCAGCCUCAGCCCCAGCCCCGGCCCGUACCACGGCCCCAGCCCCACCCCCAACCUCAGCCUCAGCCCCGGCCCGCACCACGGCCCAGGCCCCGGGCAGAGCAUCCAGAGACACGGCCUCAGCUCCAGCCCCAACCCCAGGCUCAGCCCCGGCCCGCACCACGGCCCAGGCCCCGGGCAGAGCAGCCAGAGACACGGCCUCAGCCCCAACCCCAACCCCAGCCUCAAUCCCGGCCCGCACCACGGCCCCAGCCUCGGCCCGAGCAGCGUGAGACACAGCCCGAGUCUCAGCCCCAGCCCCGACCCACGACCAAGACCCGGCCCCGGCCCCGGCCCCGGCCCCAGUCGCGGCCCCAGUCACGUCCCCAGACGCGGCCGCAGCCGCAGCGCCGUCCCCAGUUGAGCGUGUCGCCCGGAGAGCCGCUCAUCACCUGCCCGGAAGAUCAGCGUGUGGAGCUGAAGCCGAGCCGCAACUCAAGCCGCGUCCGCUUCCCGCGGCCUCGCAACAGCCUGCAGACGCGCCUGUACGUGAACGGGGAGCCGGUGCGCAGCGAUGACGGCAGUCUGCAGGCCGAGCUGCCGUCUGGCAGGCACCGGAUCACAUUCGUGACGCACUCGCUGCUCACUGACUCGCCUGCCAAGUGCUCCUUUAAUGUGGAUAUAGUCGACCUGGAGCCGCCGCGGGUGCGCCGCUGCCCCGAGUCCUUCGACAUCCUCCUCAAGGAGGGACAGAUGGACACCAGAGUCAACUGGGAGGAGCCGCUCUUCUCCGAUAAUGUCGGUGUCGUCAAUACUUGGCAGUCCAUCCGGCCCAACUCCCGUUUGCCGGAGGGGAAGCACCGCGCCUUCUACAUCGCCCUGGAUAAGGCGCGCAACAGAGCCAACUGCUCCUUCACUAUCAACGUCACCCGGACGAGUUCCCCGUCUGUGCACCUUAUGUUACCACGAAGACAGCUGAUUGUCUGCCCGGCUUCGAAAUACGGAAAGGCUUUGCAGAUGUAUGCGUGGCAUGUCCCCCCGGGAUGUACGGCCAAGGAGGCGCUCAGUCCUGCGUACACUGUCCAAUCGGAACAUACCAGGAGGAGUUCGCACAGGCGGCGUGCAAGCCGUGCCCACCGGGUCAGACCACGGUCGAGGGGGCCGCGGCCUCAACGCUUCGCUGCCGCUCCGACGUCCCUGCCUUUGUACAAGGAGUCCUACUACCGCGAUAAGGUGCUCAGCACACUGCGGCGGGUGAACAAGCUGCGGUCGGACCGGAGCGAGCCCGCUGACCCCGCUGGUGACGCCGACCUGUGACGGAAGCGAGCUCGCUCGCCCGACCUGUGACGGGAGCGAGCCCGCCGGCCCGGUCGGUGGCGCCGACCUGGGACGGGGGCGAGCUCGCUCGCCCGACCUGGGACGGGAGUGAGCCCACCAGACCGGCCGGUGACGGCGACCUGUGACCUGGCUGGCGAUGGCCGGCCGGUGGCGCGGCGCGCCGGCUGAGGUGGACGCAUCCGGCGUGGACCCGUGGGACGAACCGGUCGCCUGGACGGACGCCUGCCUGCUGCAGCGUGCCCGCCGCAGCCCAGCAGUCCGCUCCAGCACGUACUGAGUGAGGCCGCUACUCAUCGGCGGCUGGGUAGUGGGACAAAGACGCUGUGAAAUGGUACCGGCCGUGAAUAGGAAGCUGUGUUUUCUGUGAGGCGCAGCUUUCUCUGCGUGCUUCUCAGGAAGCUAGGAAGCACCUCUCAUGCCAGUGCGUUGGCGUGAGGAAGCCGUGGUCAUGGCGGGACUCCGCAGCAUUUGUCGUGGUGAGAAGGCGCAGAUGAACCUCUGAAACUGCCAUACGCCCCCGGUGCGUAAACAGACCGUUCACAUGCGUUGUAGGAGUGGUCGCUGUUUACAUCUUUUCCGCAUGGCACUCGUAGUCGAGUGGCACUGCUACGUUGGCAGUGACGUGCCAUUCUUUCUCGUCGAUAUUGCAGCUUUUAGAUAUUAUUAACUUAGGUAUGUGCGAGGCGAGGACUGUGCAUCUAAGGCGCAAUUUUUACUUCACCAAGGAUAUUUUGAUAGCGUGAUGAUUUUUGAAUCGUGUUUUAGGCAGAUGCGUUGGGAAUCGUUUUGGCUCACGUGGCAUUUACAUAAAUACAUAGGAAA